AUGGCUCAGAAUGCAUCUCCCAUAGAUAUGUCUGUGAUGGGGAUAAAGACUGUGAAGAUGGUUCUGAUGAACAGAAUUGUGACUCUGCAUGUGGUUCGGGAUAACUUUAUCACCAUUUUCAAUAUAUCCCCUAAAACAGAUCAGUUCCAGUGUGCCCAUGGAAAGAAAUGUAUAGACAAGGACCAGGUAUGUGAUGGUGAGUCUCAGUGUCAGGAUCGCUCGGAUGAGGAAAAUUGCCUGAAACAUCCUGAAGACUGUGCUCACCACUGUGACGACAAGAGCCAGUGUCUACCUGCAAGCUUCAUCUGCGAUGGCGAGAAGGACUGUGUUGAUGGCACUGAUGAGGCAAACUGUGCUGACCAUGAGAAGAUGGGGGCAACUGAGAGUCCUGUACAGGUUCCCUCUGGACUGUCUCAUCCUCUCAGGUGUGGUCUUGGCUCCCAGAUGUGUGAAGACAAGUCAGACUGUGUCCAUUACAGAUACGUCUGUGAUGGGGAACCAGACUGUGUUGAUGGCUCUGAUGAGAAGGAUUGUUCUUCAGAAUGUGGAAAUGACCAGUUCCAGUGUGCCCAUGGUAAGAUGUGUAUAGAGAAAAGCAAAGUGUGUGACGGGGUACCACAAUGUCAGGACCAUUCAGAUGAACUUGAAUGUGCAAAGCGCAUGGAGGGCUGUGCUCACAUGUGUGACGACAACAGCCGCUGUGUCCCUGACAGCUUCCUGUGUGAUGGGGAGAAGGACUGUGGUGAUGGCAGUGAUGAGGCAGCCUGUGCUGAUGUUAGGUGUAGCACUUCUGAAUUUAAGUGCGUCAGUGGCCAGUGUGUUCUGGCCUCAAUGCAUUGUGAUGGUCACCCUGACUGCUGGGACCGCUCUGAUGAGGAGGGCUGCACCAAACCACCAGAGUGUACAACCAAACACCGCUGUCCACACAGCAAGGAGUGCCUGGUGCAGGAGUGGAUCUGUGAUGGUGACCAGGACUGCAAAGAUGGCUCGGAUGAAAAGGAUUGCCCUGUGCUUCCAGUCAGCUGUGGAAGCUUCCAGUGGUUAUGUAAAUCAAAGACUUUGUGUAUUCCUGGAGUCUGGAGGUGUGAUGGCAUGAGGGACUGUGAUGACGGUAGUGAUGAGACUGAAUGUGGAACAAAAGCAUGCCCUGCUUACAAGUUCCAGUGUGGAAACCAGGAGUGCUUGGAAUCAGCUCUGGUGUGCAAUGGUGUUACCAACUGUGCUGAUGGUUCAGAUGAGGGAGGCAGCUGCCAGAUGGCCUGUACAGCUGAUGAUGACAACCGCUGCUCACAGGGUUGCUACAGCACACCCCAGGGACCGCGUUGUCUGUGUACAAAAGGGUACAGGCUUAUGGAAGAUAAGCACACAUGUGCUGACAUAGAUGAGUGUGAACCCCAGGCACAACGUGUAUGCAGCCAUCUGUGUAUCAAUACACCUGGGUCAUACCGAUGUGAGUGCCAUCCUGGCUUUAUAAUGGAGGCAGAUGGAUACCAAUGCAAGAUCACAGGUGAACCAUUCCUGUUGAUGUCAGUCCAAACUGAGUUGUACAUGUAUGGCCUGCGCAGUAGAAGCCUUGACAUCUUGGCAUCUUCUGCCCAAAAGGCGAUCUUGUCUAUAGACUAUGACUGGAGGGACCAGAAAGUCUUCUGGGUCAGUGUGGACACAGAAACAAUCAGGUGGUCUUCCAUGGACCAGAAAACUGCAGGAAUCUUGAUUAAAGGUGUCCGGGCCGAUUCUGUAGCUGUGGACUGGCUUGGAAGGAACCUAUACUGGAUUGAUGGUGUGAAUAGUCAAAUAGUUGCUGUCAAACUUCUCAAAACUUCUGUCAAGUCAUUGGACCAAAGUAUCAUCCUGGAGGAAGACUUGGAUCAGCCUCGCUCUUUGGCUCUGCUACCACAAAAAGGGUUAAUGUUUUGGACAGAAAUUGGUAACCUUGUAAAGAUUGAACGUGCUGGAAUGGAUGGGUCUGAGAGAAAGGCAGUGGUAAACUCUAGCUUGGGCUGGCCAGGUGGCAUUGCAGUGGAUAUGCUUUCAGAAAGGAUUUUCUGGACGGAUGAAAGGCUGGGUGCAAUUGGUUCUGCCACACUGGAUGGUGAUGAAAUUAAGGUCUUCCAGCUGAAGGAAACUACAAAUCCAUUUUCUGUGACGGUAUUCAAUGACCUGCUAUUCUGGUCUGAUGCAAAGAAAAGGGUAGUCCAAGCAGUUGAUAAACUCUCUGGUAAGAACCGACAGGUUAUACUGAAGAGACCAGGACAACCUUUUUCUGUGAAGAUCAUCCACCCUAUAAUUCAGAUGGAUACGGAGAGCCCUUGCAAGAAGAUGGCCUGUUCCCAUAUAUGCCUGUUGGCACCUAGACGCAAGGCUGUCUGCAAGUGUCCCCCUGGUCUUUCGCUGGCUGAAGAUGGUCUGACCUGUUCCAGUCUAGUCAAAUCGACAUUCUUGCUGCUCUUGUCACCACCUACUGUGACAAAGAUCUACUUGCAGUCCCAACAAGUGAAUAUAAAAGGCUGGCCUGAACACUUGGCAUUACAGAUCCCCAGCAUUGGCGAGACGAGGCUCUUGGAUUACAGCACUCGUGAGAACACCCUCAUUCUGACGGGUGACGAUACAACUUCAGUUAACUCAUACAAGCUGAAAGACAAAACUUUAGUUGCUCAGGGCCAGCUUCUGAAACUGCUGGAUGACCAAAUCACUGCCGUGGCACUUGACUGGGUAACCCUAAAUGUAUACUGGAGCAGCAACAAACAGACCCGGCUGCAUGUCACUUCAAAAACUGGGGCAUACACAGCCAUUCUCAUUAAAGAGGGGCUCACCGGAGUGAGCUCUAUUGCCCUUCAUCCUCAAACUGGAAAAAUGUGUUUUACUAAUCUAGAUUUAAAAGUUCCUGGCAAAAAUGCUGCAAUAGAAUGUGCUCACAUGGAUGGUGGAGAGCAUAAAGUUGUUUCUAAGCAAGCAUUUCAGCCUGCAUCUCUAGCCUUUUCCAGUAAUGGGGAUACAAUCUACUGGGCUAACACAGGAUCAGGAACAAUUGGCUUGAUAAAGACUGAUGGCUCUGGAUAUCAGGAGCUAGAGGCUGGUGCUGGUCUGAGUGCUGUGGCAAUUGGGGACAACGUGCCAAUCUGGAUGACUGUUGAUGACAUGACAAGACUAUGGUACAGAGAAGAUCAGCAACAGAAGCUAUGGUUUGAGGUUGACUCAAAAGUAAUGGACUUGAAAGCCUUUAAGUCCACCCAGUCAGGUUCCAACCAGUGUGCAAAAAACAAUGGCAACUGUGAGCACCUGUGUCUUGCCACUCCAUCAGGCCGGACAUGCAACUGUGCCCAUGACUUUAUUGCAAAAGAUGCAACCUGCAGCCCCAGUCAAAUCUGCUCACCUGAUACCAGACAAUGUCUGGACCAAACCUGCCUGCCAGCUGAGAAAUUCUGUGAUGGUCAUGCUGACUGCUCUGAUAACUCAGAUGAAAACUGUUCUGGUGUUGAGCAGGGAUCGGGAACCAAAGCAGCUUCUCCUAGAAGUCCUCAAAGCACAUUGUCUCCUCAUACAGUACCCCCAAAGGAGGGGAAAAACUCCCUGGAAGAUGGCAGUGAGAUCAGGAACUUGGAAGCUCAGCAGUGUGACCAGGAUCUUUGCAAUGGGAAUGGAAAGUGUGUUGAAACCAAUGGGGUCAGAACAUGUGAAUGUUUAGAUGGCUACACUGGUGUCUCCUGCCAGGAUGAUGUGAAGAGCAUGCAGGGCCCAAUAAUCUAUGGUGCAGCGGGUCUAUGUGGCAUAAUCGUCAUCAUUGCUGUGAUGGCAGUGGUUCUCAAAAAGAAUGCUGCAUCAAGGAGUACCCCAGAAGCAACAAUGGAUACCAGCAUGUCUGACCUGGAGAAAAAAGUUGAAUCACCCAGCACAAAGAAUGCCCAGGCAGCUUCGGAGAAGGAGGAACCAGUAUCUUCUGUGGAUUAA